CCACGUACGUGACUGUCAACGUCCGCUUGAACACACUAGGACCCCUCAACCCGAAUGACAUGGACUUCGACAUGGACAUGUACCUGCGGCAGUCAUGGAAGGACCCCAGGGUGAAUUUUCGCAAAUUCGGUGUCAACCGAACCGUCACUCUCAACGGGGAACACAUAACGUCUCGACUGUGGAAGCCGGACCUGUUCUUGGCCAAUGCUAAGGAUGUGAGAACGCAUAGCGUCACCAUGGCGAAUGAGCUCGUGAGAAUAACACCCGACGGAGAUAUUCUGUUUAGCAUCAGGCUGAGCACUAAGCUGUCUUGUGUGAUGAAUUUUCACAACUUUCCAUUUGACAAGCAGAAAUGCUACGCCUUCUUUCGUUCCUACGCACAUCCGAUACACCACACGGUGCUGACCUGGUCCGACGUCGAACCCGUCAUACUGCAGAUCCCGAUUGAGAUGCAAGAUUUUGACUUAGUGAGACUGGCUUACACGAACUUCACAACUCAGUUGGAGACGGGAUCCUUCUCAACGCUGCGUAUCGGCUUCAUAUUUGACCGGCAAAACGGCUUCCACAUCAUUCAGACAUAUUUGCCCACUUUCAUUGUGGUGAUCGUGUCCUGGCUCGCGCUCUGGAUUCGUCCGGACUUCAUUCCUCCGAGGGCAAUCAUUGGAGUGAAGACUGUACUGACCAUAGCGUCCAUCAUCAUGACCGUAAGCACCCACUUCCCGAACGUCAACUACAACAAGGCUAUCGACGUGUGGAUGAUUGCCUGUAUCGUGCAAGUCAUGGGUGUGCUGGUGGAGUUCGGCAUCGCGAACUACCUCGUCCGAAGCAAGCUGAGUCGUGUGGAACAACUCAAGUCCCUCAACCCAUUCAGGAAGACGCCGUGGGGUCCGAGCAAGGUCUCUAAGAAUGCAGAACGUGCCUUAAAGCUGGACCGUUUAUCACGCUGCAUGUUUCCUGUUCUCUUUAUGGGAUUCAACAUAAUUUAUUGGUCCUUGUAUUUAACUGUGCCCGAGCCUGAUUUAGACGUUCCAUGAGGACCUUC